GAUGCCUUACAUAACGCUGGCACGAAGAGUUUUGCUCCACCAUUGCUAGCGCGAAUUGCGUGAUCGCACGUCUUCACCCCCAGCUGUGGCACUUUGCGGAGAUUGUUACAAAGCGGUUUCCGAUGGCGGAGCUGGAUAUAAUUCUCCAGCCCUGCUUGCCUUCUUUCCUCCAACAUCCAGAACGCGACGCUUGGUAACAGGAUUUUCUUUUGGGAAGCCUUUGUUAGAUACCAAUUCAUAAAGACUAUCCACUUGUGGCUUCUCUGCACGUGCCUCUAUCGUUAGAAUCCCGCCACACGUCGUCUUCGAAAUGUCGUCACCAGUCUUCAGCAACGUCGAAACUUACAAGCACGCCACCAUCCAUGAGGAGUCUGGUUAUGCUUCAGCCGAGUCGAGCCAGGACGGCCUGCAAGAGAUCUUCUUCACUAGACCUCACUUGAAGUUCAUCAAUGCUCAGCUGGCUAAGCUCGAGCCUCAGGACAUCCUCCGAUGGUGCAUUACAUCUCUUCCUGGACUUUUCCAGACUACUGCUUUCGGUCUCACUGGCUUAGUCACUGUGGACAUGCUCUCAAAGCUCGACGGACCCCUGAAGCACAACAUUGAUCUGAUUUUCUUGGACACUCUUUACCACUUCGAUGAAACGUACGCUCUGGUUGACCGUGUUCGGAGACGAUAUGGAACCCCGGUCCAUGUUUACAAGCCUGCUGGUUGUGACAAUGUAAACGACUUUACUGCCAAACACGGAGAUAAACUGUGGGAGACCAACGAUGAACUCUACGACUACGUUGCCAAGGUCGAGCCUGCGGAGCGUGCCUACUCUGAGCUUCAAGUCAAGGCUGUCUUGACUGGUCGUCGCCGCAGCCAGGGUGGAAAGCGUGGCGACUUGGACAUUGUCGAGGUUGACGAGGCUGGACUUAUCAAGAUCAACCCCUUAGCUAACUGGACAUUUGCUCAAGUUAAGGAGUACGUUGACGCAAACGACGUACCUUACAACGAACUUCUCAACAAGGGUUACAAGAGCGUUGGUGACUGGCACUCAACACAACCUGUUGCUGCUGGAGAGGACGAGCGAUCAGGAAGGUGGAAGGGCAAGAACAAGUCUGAGUGCGGUAUCCACAACCCCAAGUCACGAUAUGCUCAGUUUCUUCAAGAGCAGGAGAUGAAGCGACAGAACGAGGAUCUUGCCAACAAGCUGCAACAAGUCUCGUUGGCAGUGUAAUGUUUCGGUCCAGAGCGUUCGUAUUUUCGUUUGUUGUACAAAUCUGCAUUAGCAUGGGCGUUUGGGUUUUCCGGGUUUAGCAUACCUAGCAUAGUAUGUAGCGGCAGGAUUUGGCUGGGGUAGUCUGGAACACCCCCAUUUUUACGGCAUUCAGAUCCGAUUGUAUGCAAUUGGAGCCGAGAUAUGACCGGUGUAGGAGCCGAUAGAGUUCUUUUACGAAUCAGACGAGUUGAUAUUUAUGAU